GGGAGGAGGUAGAGCCCAGGGGCAGAGCGGAGCCGCGCGUGCAUCUCUGCGGGAGCCGGAGCCCGAGCCAGGCUGGGGUCCUUCUGCCCAUGGAGCAGGUACCCUCCAUGGCCGAGCCCCGGGGCCCCAUGGACCACGGUGUCCAGAUCCGCUUCAUCACGGAGGCGGUGGGCGAGGCAGACACGGGCACUCUGCGCCGUGGGGGCCGCCGUUUCCCCAAGGACGCACGAGCCAAUACCUACGGGGUGGCGGUGCGCGUGCAGGGCAUUGCGGGGCAGCCCUUUGUGGUGCUCAACAGCGGGGACAAGGGGGGCGACUCCUUCGGGGUUCAGAUCAAAGGGGCCCAGCAGCGGGGGACGCCAGGAGGAGGCCUGAGCCCUGAGUCAGAGCUCCCUCAGAACCCCUACUCCCAGGUUGCCCCGGCACCCUGGCAGGGCAGUGCCUCAGAUGAGGAGCCGGGGGCACCCUCGGGUGGCAGACUGCAGCGCUCACAGUCCCAGGCCUCGCUGUCCGGCGCUCCGCUGGGCCCCGCAGCCCGCAGCACUAGCCUGCUGGAGCUCACCUCGCCUGCACCUGGAGCCCAGACGCCCAGGAGCACUGUCGGGAGCACCAUCGACACAGCGCCGCUAUCCUCUGUGGACUCCCUCAUCAGCAAGUUUGAUGGGCAGCCGGGCAGCCAGAGUCGGGGCCGCACCGGCCGGCGUUCCCGGGCGCUGCCUUCAGAGCAGCGCAAGCGGAGCCAGAGCCUGGACAACCGGCUCCCUAGGGAUGGCCUGGGGUUGCGAGAAAGAGGGUCCCCCACCCGGGUCCCUCCAGGCAGCGCCUCGCAACCUGCGCAGGACCAGAGCUUCAGCCGCUCCCGGCAGACCCAGGAUUGGGUCCUGCAGAGCUUCCAGGAGACAAAGGCCAGAGCACAGGACGCCUCCAUGCUGCAGUUCAAGUCAACUCCAGACCUUCUCCGAGAUCAGCAGGAGGCAGCCCCGCCAGGCAGCGUAGACCAUGUCAGGGCUGCCAUCUACAGCAUCCUGCGAGAGGGGAGUGUGGAGAGCGAGCCCUCUGUGAGGAGGAAAGUCAGCCUGGUGCUGGAGCAGGUGCAGCCGCUGGUGGUAGUGUCUCCUGGCUCUGCCAAGGUCCUGGCAGGGCAGGGGGAACUGGCUCAGAAGGUGGAGGAGCUCCAGCAGAAGCUGGAUGAAGAGGUGAAGAAGCGCCAGAAGCUGGAGCCGUCUCGGGUUGAGCUGGAGCGUCAGCUGGAGGAGAAGGCAGAGGAGUGCAGCCGCCUGCAGGAGCUGCUGGAGAGGAAGAAGGGCGAGACCCAGCAGGGCACCAGGGAGCUCCAGAAGAUGAAGCUGCUCCUGGACCAGGGUGAAAGGGCUCGGCAUGGACUGGAGACACAGGUGAUGGAGUUGCAGGACCAGCUGAAGCGGACCCAGGGCUCUGAGCCUGCCCGGCAGGUGCUCAUGAAGGAGUUGGCAGAGAGCCGGGAGCAGCUGGAAGAGGUGGUGGAGAGCAAGCUGCGGGUGGAGGAGCAGCUACGGCUGCGGGAGCGGGAGCUGACAGCUCUGAAAGGCGCCUUGAAGGAGGAGGUGGCCUCCCGGGACCAGGAGGUGGAGCACGUCCGGCAGCAGUGCCAACGGGACACGGAGCAGCUACGCAGGAGCAUGCAGGAUGCCACCCAGGACCAAGCAGCACUGGAGGCCGAGCGGCAGAAGAUGUCAGCUCUGGUGCGGGGGCUGCAGAAGGAGCUGGAGGAGACCUCGGAGGAGACGGGGCAUUGGCAGAGCAUGUUCCAGAAGAACAAGGAGGAGCUGAGGGCCACCAAACAGGAACUCCUGCAGCUUCGAAUGGAGAAGGAGGAGAUGGAAGAGGAGCUGGGAGAGAAGGUGGAAGCCUUGCAGAGGGAGCUGGGGCAGGCCCAAGCGGGGGCAGGUGACCUUCGCCAGGUGGAGGAGCUCAAGAAGGAACUGUGUCGCACCCAGAAGGAGCUGGAGGAGCUGCAGGCGGAGCGGCACAGCCGGGAGGUGGCUGGGCGCCAGCGAGAGCGAGACAUGGAGAAACAGUUGAGAGCAGAGGCUGAGCGGGCUCAGGGGCUAGAGCAGCAGAACCAGCAGCUGCAAAAGACCCUCCAGCAACUGAGACUGGACUGUGAAGAGGCUUCCAAGGCAAGGGGAGCUCAGGUGGCAGCAGAGGCAGAGUCAGCAGUGCUGGGGCAGCGUCGGGCAGCGGUGGAGACCACACUUCGGGAGACCCAGGAGGAGAACGAUGAGUUCCGACGACGCAUCCUGGGUCUGGAGCAGCAGCUGAAGGAGACACGAGGCCUGGCGGAAGGUGGGGAAGUGGCGGAGGCACGGCUUCGGGACCGGCUGCAGCGAGUGGAGGCUGAGAAGCAGCGACUGGAGGAAGCUCUGAAUGCAGCUCAGGAGGAGGAGGGCAACCUGGCCGCGGCCAAGCGGGCUCUGGAGUUGAGGCUAGAUGAGGCCCAGCGGGGGCUGACCCGCAUGGGGCAGGAGCAGCAGGUGCUGACUCGCACCCUAGAGGAGGAGGCCAGGCAGCGGGAGGUGCUCCGCCGGGGCAAGGCUGAGCUGGAGGAGCAGAAGCGCUUGCUGGACAGGACUGUGGAGCGGCUGAACAAAGAGCUGGAGCAGAUUGGGGACGAUUCCAAGCAAGCCCUGCAGCAGCUGCAGAGCCAACUGGAGGAUUAUAAGGAAAAGGCCCGGCGGGAAGUGGCUGAUGCCCAGCGCCAGGCCAAGGAGUGGGCCAGCGAGGCUGAGAAGUCUUCUGGGGGCUUCAACCGGCUGCAGGAUGAGACCCAGAGGCUGCGACAGGCCCUGCAGGAAUCCCAGGCCGAUCGGGAUACGGCUCGGCUGGACAAAGAGCUGCUGGCCCAGAGACUGCAGGGACUAGAGCAGGAGGCAGAGAAUAAAAAGCGCUCCCAGGAUGACAGGACCCGGCAACUCAAGAGCCUUGAGGAGAAGGUGUCCCGGCUGGAGGCAGAGCUGGAUGAGGAGAGAAGCACCGUGGAGCUGCUGACAGAGAGGAUGAACCGUGGCCGAGACCAGGUGGACCAGCUGAGGACAGAACUCAUGCAGGAGAGAUCCAGUAGGCAGGACCUGGAGUGCGACAAGAUCUCUCUGGAGAGACAGAACAAAGACCUGAAGAGUCGGCUGGCUAGUUCUGAAGGUUUCCAGAAGCCUAGUGCCAACCUGUCUCAGCUCGAAUCCCAGAACCGGGAGUUGCAGGAGCGGCUCCAGUCAGAAGAGAGGGAGAAGAGUGUCCUACAGUCUAGCAACCGGAAGCUGGAGAGAAAAGUGAAGGAGCUGUCCAUCCAGAUUGAUGACGAGCGGCAGCAUGUCAAUGACCAGAAGGACCAGCUCAGCCUGAGGGUGAAGGCUCUGAAGAGGCAGGUAGACCAAGCUGAAGAGGAAAUUGAGCGUCUGGAUGGCCUGAGGAAGAAGGCCCAGCGUGAGCUGGAGGAACAGCAUGAAGUGAACGAGCAGCUCCAGGCCCGCAUCAAAGCCCUGGAGAAGGAUUCCUGGCGCAAAACUACCCGCUCGGCGGCUGAGUCCACCCUCCAGCAUGAGGGACUAAGCUCAGAUGAAGAAUUUGACAGCGUCUAUGACCCCAGUUCCAUCGCCUCGCUGCUGACAGAGAGCAACCUGCAGACCAGCUCCUGCUAGCUGGUGACCCACAGGCACCCAGAACCCAGACCCCAGGCCUUGUCUGGCCUGCCCUGCUCUUCCUGUCUGGCCUGUACCUCUCAUUCCUGUGGGGACUCCCCACUGUUAAGAUACAAGCCUGGGAUGGGUGUCAGUGAAUAGAGGUGAUAGCUGUCUCUAUCACCUCAUGAUAGUGGUUGGACUCUCCCUUUCCUUUGGAGGAGCCAGUAUUUCAGGCCACCUGAACCCUCCCCUUAAGUGUCCACACCUCCCUCUGCUCCUGCUUAGGGGUGGGAGGGGCAGCCUAGAGGCUGAGGGGACAUGAGUAAGGUUAGAAGGGCUAGAAAUAACCGUGUGCACAAAGCUUGCUUUCUUUAGCCAUAACCCUCAGGCUCAGGGAAACACCCUUUGUGGUUCCCUUUCUCUGGACUCCUGCAGUCCAUUUUACACCCUCUCUGGGGCAGGGUGACAUAGACAGUAGACACGUUCCACCCACUUCUCAGAUGCACCUGUUUGCACAGUCAUGAUGCUAGGUGAUAGCCCCCACGAUCCCCAGUCCCCUUCAUGCUCCCUUUCUCAUCUUCCCCACCCCACUUGCCUUCUUUCCCUCCAGUGCCUUAUCUAGGGCCAGAAGACAAGGGUGCGCUCCUGCCUUUUACCACCCUGUACAUUAAUACCUCUCCAGGGGCCAGCCUUUCAUUGCUGCCCCAGUGACAGGCAGAGAGCUGCCAGCUUCUCUGCCAGUGAGCCCCCAGGAGAGGGCCCCUGGUGGAGACACAAUGUGCUAUAAGGACCCUGUUCUGCUCAGGAUUCCAGUUUCCCUUAGUCCCCUCUGUGACUGCAGGUGUGCUCUGGGGAACCCUGGCCAUGUAUAUAUACACAUUCAGGAAGCAAUAGUUUCACCUGUGGCUCCUCUGACUGGCUGGGCCUAGCUUCACUGAGCAGCUGAAGGCCCUUCAACAUCUUGGGACCUUGCACUCAAUGACACAGGGCUGCCUGCCUGAGCCAGAGGCUACCUCUUGGUAGAAACAGGCAAGAAGCAAUGGAGGUGUUUAGUCCUCCUUUGGGUUUGGGGGGAGAGCCAACUCCUGGGGGUGGGGUGGGGAGAUUGAUGAUUUACCUCUUUUACUUCCUAAGCAGACUCUGUAAGGAGCUGGGGGGGGGGGCAAAGAAGGCUGUUAUCCCCAAUGACUUGUAAUUUCAUGAUUAACAAGAAAAAUCCUCUGUUCUGCAGAUCCGUUAUGUUCUACUAAUAUAAUCACACCUUGAUUUUAUUUAAAUGAUAUAUUAAAAUUAUAUGUC